AGCAAGGAGGAUCAAGUGUAUGUUGGUCUCUGUCUCACCCUCACACACUCACCGGUUCUCUUGCAACUCUUCUCGGGAUCUCUGGAUCCCUUUCCUCGGUGACAGGCUCCCCACACCAAGCAGUCAACAUUUCCGCCCCCGGGAGACCCACGCUGGCAGCGCAGCCCCUUCCCCGACUCAGCAUCGGGAGGAAGACCCUGGUGGCGGCUGCCGUUGGGGUUAUGCUGGUCCUGGUGCUGGUGGUCCUCAUUCCUGUGCUCGUCAGCUCUGUGGGUACAGAUGCCAGCCACUAUGAGAUGCUGGGCACCUGCCGUAUGGUCUGCGACCCCUACCUGAACAAGGGAACUCCAGCCAGCAGCACCAGCUCCACUGGUCUCCAGGCUGAAGCAGAAGCACUGAGUGACCACAGCAAAGUUUAUCCACCCUCCACCUUACUGCAGGGCCCACAGGGGAAGCCUGGCAGGCCAGGCAAGCCCGGACCACCCGGACCGCCGGGAGAACCGGGGCCACCAGGACCAGCGGGGCCUCCUGGUGACAGAGGUGAUCAAGGAAGGACCGGGAUUUUGGGUCUGGGGGGAAACGGAGCUAUAAGCACGGCCACCUACAGUACGGUGCCCCGGGUGGCCUUCUAUGCAGGGCUUAAGAACCCCCACGAAGGCUACGAGAUCCUCAAGUUUGACGACGUGGUUACUAACCUAGGCAACAACUAUGAUGGUAUUUCGGGCAAGUUCAUCUGCAGCAUCCCGGGCACAUACUUCUUCAUCUACCAUGUGCUGAUGAGAGGAGGGGACGGCACCAGCAUGUGGGCAGACCUCUGCAAAAAUGGCCAGGUUCGUGCCAGCGCCAUUGCCCAAGACGCUGACCAGAACUAUGACUAUGCCUCUAACAGCGUCAUCCUCCAUCUGGAUGCAGGGGACGAGGUUUACAUCAAACUGGAUGGAGGCAAAGCCCAUGGAGGAAACAACAACAAGUACAGCACCUUCUCUGGCUUCAUCCUCUACGCAGACUGAGAACAGACAGACACAGAGACAGUGAGACAGGAAGAGAGAGAG